AGAGAAGUAGGGAGAUGAGGGACAGGACACCCCUGGCAGAGGAAGCCCCUCAGCAAGGCCCCCCGGAAUGUCGCCUAGUCCGCGCCCCACUAAGGGUGGCCCUGUCCAGCUCCUCACAAUGAGAACAGCGCUGGGCUUUCUACCAGCGAGCUCUCCCUGCACCCUGCUAGGGCCUUCAUCUCCUGUGUCAGUCUCUGGCUAGUAGGUGUGCGAUGGAUCUGCUGGGAGAGACGAGGGGCUCUCUCUUUUCCCCCUCACACUGCCGGUUUUUUGGAUGCUCUGAGUGGGUUGGGGGUGGGACUCCUGACUGUGAGCCACCCAGAGCUUCCACUUGAUUGGCUCCUCUCCCCCUCGAAUGGUGGGGUGGUGAGUGGGGCAGCAGGUCCUGAGUGUUGGACUCUUGAUCUUUCAGGGGCCGGUGACUUUCGAGGAGGUGGCUGUGUAUUUCACCAGGGAAGAGGGGGCUCUGCUGGACCCCACUCACAGAGUCCUCUACAGGGAUAUCAUGCAGGAGAACUAUGACACUUUGGUCUUGCCGGAGUUUCCAGUUUCCAAACCUGAUGUGAUCCCGCAGCUGGAAGGAGGGGAAGAACCGUGGGUCCCAGACCUCCAGGGCUCUGAGAAAGAAGUGCUCCCGAGAGCUGCCUGCACAGGUGAUGGGAUAGUGAGUGAGAAUGAGGAGGAGAAACCCCAGCAGGAAGAUGCUGAGCAAGUAGAACCACGUGGGACGUUAUCAAGAAGAUCCAAAGGGAAUGAUUCUGGGACUUGUGCACUCGCAGAAGAAGCAAAAGCCUGUGAGACUCGGCAGAGGUCAGAGGAAAACUUCAGUAGCCACUCGGAUCUUAUUACACAUGAGAGAAUCAACUUGGAAGAGACACGCUACACAUGCAAUGAGGGUGGGAAAAGCUUUGAUGGGAGCUCUGCCCUUAUCAGACAUCAGAGAAUCCACACAGGAGAGAACUCCUACAUGUGCUUUGAGUGUGGGAAAAGCUUCAAUCAGAGCUUUACCCUUGUCAGACAUUGGAUAACCCACACUGGAGAGAAACCCUACACGUGCUCUGAGUGUGGGAAAAGUUUCAGCCAGAACUCAAGCCUUCUCAGACAUCGGAAAAUCCACACAGGCGAGAAACCUUAUGGAUGUUCUGAGUGUGGUAAAUGCUUUAUUCAUACUUCAGCCCUCAUCUCACAUCAGAAAAUCCACACAAGAGAGAGGCUCUACACAUGCUCUGAGUGUGGGAAAAGCUUCAAUCAGAGCUCUGACCCGAUCACACAUCGUAGAAUCCACACAGGAGAGAGGCCCUACACAUGCUCUGAGUGCAGGAAAAGCUUCAGUCAGAGCUCAAUCCUUACUAGACAUCAGAAAAUCCACAGGAGAGAGAACUGUAAUAAAUGCCUUGACUAGGGCGGGCCAAAA